AUGGCCUCCCUCUUCACCGGGAAGCUGCUGAUGGCCAACCGGGAGCAGGAUGAGGUGGAAACGGAACGGGAGCUGGGGCUGGCCCUGGACAACAAGGUCCUGCUGCUCUACUUUGCCUCUGGCCAAUGUCCAAGGUGCCAGAGCUUCUCCUUGCUCCUCAAGGACUUCUUCUUGAGGCUGACUGAUGAGUUCUAUGUGGAAAGGGCUUCCCAGCUGGUCCUGGUCUACGUCUCCCAGGAUGAGACGGAGGAGCAGCAGAGGGAGUUCCUCCGGCGCAUGCCCAGGCGCUGGUUGGCUUUGCCCUUUGGGGACAGCUUCAAGAGGGAGCUGGAGCUGCGCUUCGCGGUGGGGGAGGUGCCGGCGGUGGUGGUGCUGACGCCCAGCGGGGAGGUGCUGGUGCCCAACGCGGUGCAGGAGAUCCGGCGCCUGGGGCCGGCUGCCUUCGGCGCCUGGCGCGAGGCCGCGGAGCUGCUGGACAGGAACUUCAGGCUGGCAGAGGACUGGGAGGAGCGCGGCAGGAGGAGCAUCACAGAGCCCCUCCGGCGCCUCAGGUACAAGCUGCGGAAGGAGCCCAGGAAGAAGAAGGCCUCCAAGGGCGAGGAAGAGGAAGAAGAGUCCCCAUAG